GGAGGACGUAUGCGGAAGUGCGGAACCGAAGGGGAAGAAGAAGCGCCGGCACGCAGUCACUAAGCCAGGCUCUAACACGUCUCACGCCCGGUCACCUGCACUCCGCCACCUCCUUCGGCGAUUCCACCGAUCGGCCCUUCUCAAUUUUCACCUUCCGUUGUUCCGCCGCGCAGGAGAUCUCUUGGAGGUGACAGAAUCCAUAUCAAGGAACUUGCUCGCGAAGGACAUUUUUGUGCUUCUGCCCAGAUUAUAUUUGGCUGCUGCGUUCUGAAUACUGUGUGAUUUUGAUUGGGUCGAGAGGACUGAUUAGCCAUGGGAGAAAGAAAGGUUUUGAACAAGUACUACCCGCCGGAUUUCGAUCCGGCGAAGAUUCCACGCCGUAGGUAGCCGAAGAAUCAGCAGAUGAAGGUCCGGAUGAUGCUCCCAAUGAGCGUUAGGUGUAGUACUUGUGGGAAUUACAUCUACAAGGGCACCAAAUUCAACUCACGCAAAGAAGACGCCCUGGGUGAGACCUAUUUGGGUAUUCAAAUAUUCAGGUUCUACUUCAAGUGCACUAAGUGCUCUGCAGAGAUUGCAUACAAGACAGAUCCAAAAAAUUCCGAUUAUGUUGUUGAGUCAGGUGCAACCAGGAACUUUGAGCCUUGGCGAGACCAAGACUGAGGUUUUGGAUAAAGAGAAACAUAAAAGGGAGGCUGAAGAAAUGGGUGAUGCUAUGAAAUCUUUGGAGAAUAGGACCCUGGAUUCAAAAAGAGAAAUGGAUAUUCUCGCAGCUUUGGAUGAAAUGAAAUCCAUGAAGUCGAGGCAUGCAACUGUGAGUGUGGAUACAAUGCUUGAGGCUCUAAGAGACUCUACCGAGGAAAAGGAAAGAAAAAGGGAGGAAGAAGAGGAAGCUCUUAUUAAAUACUUACGGGAGAAAGACCAAAAAUGACAUCAAGGUUUUUAACAAAGUUCAAAUUAGACACUAAAAUAAACAAGGUUAAAAGAGCAACUCCCUUUUAUGUUUCUCUUUAUCCAAAACCUCGUCUUGGUCUCGCCAAGGCUCAAAGUUCAAAUUAGACACUAAAAAUGACCAAAAAUUUUAAGUAGAUCAAAUAAACACAAAGUUAUAGUUUUUGGUUCCAUUUUGACCACCUUUGAUGCUAACAUUUCCCUUCGUUAACUCCCCAUCCGAUUUAAGUUACUUGGAUUCAACAGAGUAGGCAACAAUGGAGGCCAAUCGCCCCAUCCGCGUCACAGCCUCGCCGUCCGUUUGCCUCGCCGUCGAAGCCGUCGCUGCAUCGAAUAUAGCUACCACCAUUGUUUAAUCUCUGCUUCGUUGUCAAAUAUUUGGAUCUGACUGUGCUCCUUUCGAUCUGAGCAUCUCGCCGGCAGCUGGGUGAAGUUGCAGUUGUAGCCGCGACAAUAGGUGAGGGAGAAAAGGCAGCUUGGUUAGAGAUAGCGACUUACAGCCAUGCUCUCCGUCACAUCCGGCUCUGCCAAUAUCAUCUCUCUUUCCUUUCCUAUAUUUCAUGGUUAGAGAUUUUAACAUUGCAGAAAGAGAGGAAGAUAUUAGUUAUUAUGCUGGAUAUGUCGGCUCAUCAUUCAUGCUGGGAAGAGCUUUGACAUCUGUUCUUUGGGGUAUCAUUGCGGAUCGAUAUGGCAGAAGGCCUGUCGUUAUGAUUGGCACACUUACAGUGGUUGUAUUCAAUACCCUUUUUGGCCUAAGUUUAAACUAUUGGAUGGCAAUUGUUACAAGAUUUCUUCUUGGAAGUUUGUGUGGAAUAAUUGGUACCAUGAGGGCAUAUGCUUCUGAGAUUUGCCGGAAAGAGUAUCAUGCUUUGGGCAUAUCUGCUGUGAGCACAUCUUGGGGUAUAGGUUUGGUGAUUGGUCCUGCUAUAGGAGGUUAUUUUGCACAGCCUGCAGAGAAGUAUCCAAACAUAUUUUCAGAAGAGUCAUUUUUUGGGAAAUUCCCUUACUUCCUGCCUUGCCUUAUGAUAUCAGUGAUUGCAUUGAUUGCGUCAGUCGUUUCCCUGUGGCUUCCGGAAACGAUGCACACUCAUACGAAAGGAAACAAACAGGGAGAUGUUUCCAAGUAUCCUAAACAAGAGGCUCCAAGUUCAAAGAAAAGCCUUAUGAAGAAUUGGCCCUUAAUAUCAUCUAUUCUUGUCUAUUGUGUUUUCCAACUUCAUGAUAUAGCUUAUUUGGAGAUCUUUUCUCUGUGGGCUGUUAGUCCAAGAAAGAUUGGGGGGUUGAGCUUUACAACUUCAGAUGUUGGUCAAGUCUUGGCUAUUACAGGCAUGGGACUUUUACUCUUUCAGCUUUUCAUUUAUCCGUUGGUGGAGAAGCCGCUUGGGCCUGUCAUGAUAUCACGUGUUGGAGCAGCUCUAAGCAUACCAUUGCUAUCAAGUUAUCCUUACGUAGCUAUGCUAUCGGGUUUGGGGCUCUCCCUAGUCCUUAAUUGUGUGUCAAUGCUUAAGAAUGUCCUCUCUGUAUCGAUCACUACGGGGCUAUUAAUACUUCAGAACCGGGCAGUGUGUCAGGAGCAGAGGGGAGCUGCCAAUGGGAUUUCAAUGUCUGCAAUGUCACUUUUUAAAACAAUUGGUCCUGCAGCUGGUGGUUCUCUGUUAUCAUGGUCACAAAGGCGACAAGAUGCCAAAUUUAUGCCAGGGGAUCAACUGGUUUUCUUCGUCCUAAAUGUGAUUGAGUUGCUGGGGCUGGUUAUGACCUUGCGGCCGUUUCUCCGUCUACCAGAAGAAACUUCCGAUUUAAAACACGAUGAGGUGGC